AUGAUCAUUGGUAAUGAAUUAGCUACCAUCGAUGUUCGAUGUAUUCCAGACAAUCCACAUGCCAUUUCUAGUGUCUUGAAUACAAAAAAAGUUCGUUUCGAUAUUGAAACAAAGAAUCAAGGAGAAACAAUAAAACGGACACCACUCAAUUUAGUACUUAUUCUCGAUCGUAGUGGAUCGAUGGAGUCUGAUAAUAAAUUAACAUUUGUGAAAAAAGUUGUUGUUUCUGUUCUUAAUCUUCUUCACGCCUAUGAUACAGAUGUAUCAAUCAUUUUUGAAAAUGCACGAGCAUCUACUUGUCAAUAUCUUUAUCCUGUUAUCGACAAAAUUCAAACUGCUGGUUCAACAAACAUGUCCGAUGGUCUGAAUGUAGGCGCUGAGCUUAUGGAUAAAUAUGUAUAUAAUGGAUAUUCACGUCGUAUGUUCGUCUUUUCUGAUGGACAAGCUAAUGUUGGAAUGAAAACACGAGCUAAAUUAACAAAUCUUGUUCGUGAAUAUAAUGAUAAAGAUACUAUAACUGAUGUAUUCGGUAUUGGUGCUGAUUUCGAUAGUGAAAUUAUGAAAGGUAUUGCUGAUGCUGGAGGAUCAAGGUUUAACAAACAUUUUCUCUACAAAGUGGGAUAA